AGUACGGGAAUUGCAGAGAGAAUCCAACACCAUACGUCAUCACGUCCAGUCACGUAGGGUAUUCGUCAUCAGCUGUCAGGGCUGGCUUCCUGUUUCCUCUGUCCUGCUGCUCAAAGAUCACACCUUUAGUUUACUGUGUUCAACACGUUUUUACAGAACAGCAGCCACGAGUUCCCGGGCCGACACUGUGUGCCUGCUCAGCAUGCUGCUGUCCCAGCUGCCGGAAGAUGUUCUCUAUCAUAUCUUGUCUUAUUUGGACUACACAUCUCUCAGUCGCCUUUCUGAAGUUUGUAAAACUAUUAACUGCUUUGUAAGCCGGGACGCUGUGUGGAGGAAGAUUGCCAUAGACUGUUUAAACACUGGAAUUACUAGGAAUGGGACGGACAUAUAUCCUAACAUCCAGCUGAAGGAGAGAGUGAAGAUUGCUCAUAACUGGUAUGAUGGGCUCUGCAAAAAGACAAUUCCUCUCAAAUGGAAAACAAAACUGUUGCCAUGGUUGCAGCUGGAUGGGGACGUGCUGUUUCUGUCUCAGGCUGCUGAUAUUGGGGCGUACCAUCUGCGCCAAGACUCCGGGAGGCUCCAGCGUAACCCAUUUGAAAUCUACUCGGGCCACAAGGGUGAUGUGUGUCGCUUUGUUCUCACAGACUCUCACCUGGUCAGUGGUGGAAGUGAUGGCAGGAUCCUGGUUCACAGCAGGGGGAGGGACAUGUCGGUGGAGUUAUCAGGUCAUAACCAGGAAGUGAACUGCCUGGACUCUAAAGAUGAACUCAUCGUCAGUGGAUCCAGAGACCAAACAGCGCGGAUUUGGACUUUGACUUCCAGCUGUCCCAGAAACACCAUUCCCAUGUAUGACAGGGUGUGGUCUGUUGCUAUUAGUCCAACAUUGAGGACCUUUCUGACAGGAAAAGCAUGCCCUACAUUGCUAACCCUGAUCCGAUUAUGGGACCUAUGAUUGGCGGAGUGUGUGGGCAGUCUGGGAUUAGAGUUUCGCCGCGGUGCUGGUGUGUUGGACAUGCAGUUUGAGUCUCCGUUCCAGCUCUUCACCUGCGGAUAUGAUACCUUCAUUCGACUGUGGGACCUCCGCCUCAGCCCAGGGAAGUGUGUGAUGAAGUGGGAGGAGCCUCAUGACAGCGCUCUGUACUGCAUCCAGACAGACGGAAAUCACAUGAUAGCCAGCGGCUCCUCGUACUACGGUGUGGUGCGCCUCUGGGACAAACGGCAGACUGAAUGCCUGCAGUUCUUCCAGCUGAACUCACACCCAGUGAGCAGCCCGGUGUACUGCCUGAGGUUCAGCAGCUCUCACCUGCACGCAGCCCUGGCCACCUCCCUACAUUCACUGGACUUCAGACAGAACCCUGUCUACAUCAGAUGAUACGCACACACACACACACACACACACACACACACACACACACACACACACACACACACACACACACUGUUUUAAACUAAUCUGUUUAAUAAAGCUGUCUAUUUUCACAAGAAACAAAUUCAGACACUUUGAUGCUCUUUAGUCAGCUGUGUCCUGUCUGUCUGAUCAACAAUAUUGUAUCACCUGUACAGUAGCUUCCAAAAUAAAUGGAAAUGUUUCAACUUUAUAUUAUCAAAAUAUUUUAAAUUAGAAAAACAAAACAUUGAUUUUCAACUUACAUGUAAUGAUUUUAAAGAAGAAAUAUAAAAUAUGACCUGGACAGCAUUAAACAACCUUCCCUAAUAUUUGGUUGCACUCCCUUUGGCAACAAUAACAGCGUCCAAACGUUUCUUGUAGCCAUCUAUAAGCCUCUUGCAGCGCUCUGCUGGUAGUUUCUCUGUCAUUACACUUUGUUCAAACUCUUGAAUGUGUGCAGGAUUCAUUUUCCAAUGGCAGGUUUCAGCACACUCAGGAGUUUCCUUUCCACUCUUUUUUACUUUUGGAUGUGUGCCCUGUGUUUUUUAUCGUGCUGAAGGGUCCAUACAUUUUGUAUGAUACAUAUUGAUCAUUCAUUUUAACUUACCCAUUUGUUAAUGCCUAGUGCCACACUGAAAGAGCACACUGGGCCCCAAACUGGGCACACCAUCAGUAAUAGUCCACUUCCAAACUACA